CAGAAGCGAUCCAGUCAGUCUCGCCCCUCAGCUCGCGAGCAGCAUCACCGACGUCCCCGCCGGGUCCCGGUGGCAGAGAGGAUGGUCCAGCGGAACCGCAGCCGGGGAGGCGAAUGACAGCGAUAAGAUAAUGGCCCUGGAUUUACGAAGGUUCCCGAAUGUGCGACUGGUGACCAAGUGAAACGACCGUGGCAGGAAAACGCUGAACCAUGUUACUCUAAGUUGUGACCUGUGGUGAACGGGGGAGGAGGAAGAGGAGGAGGGAGGCAUAGGCAGGCAGACGGGCAUCUACUGCGGCUCCCUUUAGGCGGCUCCUAGCAAGCUUAAAGCCAUGGGCAACACGGCCACCAAGUUCCGCAAGGCCCUGGUGGGCGGUGACGAGGCCCUGGCCUGGCAGCUGUAUGAGGGCAAUCCUCAGUUCAGGGAAGGUCUGGACCCGAAUGCAUCGUAUGGAGAGCAGUACCAGCACAACACGCCUCUGCACUAUGUCUGCCGCCACGCCAUGACACGUCUGCUCAGGUCCUUCCUGUUCAGUAAAGAGGGGAACCCCAACAAGCGUAAUGUGCACAACGAGACGUGCCUCCAUGUGCUGUGCCAAGGCCCACAGAUCCUGCUACUGUCAGAGGGAGCACUGUCACCACGACUGGCCCGACCCCAGAGAGAUGAGCAGCGUCGUGCGGACAGCCUGCAGAUGAUCCUGAGCUGGACCGGGGCCAGGCUGGAGGGAGGCCAGUACGAGAAGGCCAAUGUCAACGCCACCGACAAUCACCACAGCACCUGUCUGCACUAUGCUGCCGCUGCGGGCAUGAAGAGCUGUGUGGAGCUGCUAAUCCAGAGCGAGGCAGACCUUUUUGUGGAGGAUGAGGACAAGUUGACGCCUUGUGACCAUGCCGAGCGGCAUCACCACACCGAGCUGGCCCUCAGCCUGGAGUCACAGAUGGUUUUCUCCUCCUCUUCAGCUCAGCAGUCAAACACAGACGCACAUGGUGAAACCAACCUGCUGCAAUACAAGGAGCCUUAUGAGGGACUGAAGCUUCAAGACCUGCGCAGGCUGAAGGACAUGCUGAUUGUAGAGACUGCAGACAUGCUGCAAGCCCCCCUCUUCACUGCUGAGGCCCUGCUCCGAGCACAUGACUGGGACAGAGAAAAGCUUCUGGAAGCCUGGAUGUCAGAUGCUGAGGGCUGCUGCCAGCGCUCAGGUGUGACCAUGCCCACCCCACCACCCAGCGGAUACAAUGCCUGGGAUACCCUACCCUCACCCCGCACCCCCAGGACCCCACGCUCUCCCCUCACACUCACCCUCACCUCCCCAACCGACAGCUGCCUCACACCUGGAGAGGAGGGUUUGUCUAUGUGUGGAAUCUGUCUCUGCUCUAUCUCUGUGUUCGAGGAUCCAGUGGACAUGUCUUGUGGACACGAGUUCUGCAGAGCAUGCUGGGAAGGGUUCCUCAAUGUAAAGAUUCAGGAGGGGGACGCACACAAUAUCUUCUGCCCGGCCUACGAGUGCUACCAGUUGGUGCCGGUGCACGUGAUCGAGAGUGUGGUUUCCAGAGAGAUGGACCAGCGAUAUCUACAGUUUGACAUAAAGGCAUUUGUGGAGAACAAUCCUGCUAUCCGCUGGUGUCCUGCAGCACGCUGUGAGCGGGCGGUGCGGCUCACCCGACCAGGCCCCGGGGACAGUGACCCACAGAGUUUCCCCCUGCUGCCAUCCCCAGCUGUCGAUUGCGGCAAGGGUCACCUCUUCUGCUGGGAGUGCCUUGGCGAGGCCCAUGAGCCAUGUGACUGUCAGAUGUGGAGGAACUGGCUCCAGAAAGUCACAGAAAUGAAACCUGAGGAGUUGGCAGGUGUGAGUGAGGCCUAUGAGGAUGCUGCUAACUGCCUGUGGCUGUUGACCAACUCCAAACCGUGUGCCAACUGCAAGUCACCCAUUCAGAAAAAUGAGGGCUGCAACCAUAUGCAGUGUGCCAAGUGUAAGUAUGACUUCUGUUGGAUCUGUCUGGAGGAGUGGAAGAAGCACAGCUCAUCCACAGGAGGCUACUAUCGCUGUACUCGCUACGAGGUCAUCCAACAGCUAGAGGAGCAGUCCAAGGAGAUGACUGUAGAGGCAGAAAAGAAGCACAAAAGUUUUCAGGAGCUGGACCGUUUCAUGCACUAUUAUACUCGCUUCAAGAACCACGAACACAGUUAUAAGUUGGAGCAGAAACUGCUGAAAACAGCGAAAGAGAAGAUGGAGCAGCUGAGCAGAGCCUUCAUUUGUCGUGAAGGCACUCCUCCAGACACACGGUUCAUUGAGGACGGUGUGUGUGAGCUGCUGAAGACGCGACGCGUCCUGAAGUGCUCUUACCCUUAUGGCUUCUUCCUACAGCAAGGCAGCACCCAGAAAGAGAUAUUUGAGCUCAUGCAGACGGACCUGGAGAUGGUUGUGGAGGAUCUGGCCCAGAAGGUCAACCGACCGUACCUGAGGACACCCUGCCACAAGAUAAUCAGCGCGGCCCGUCUGGUGCAGCAAAAGAGGCAAGAAUUCCUGGCAUCGGUUGCCCGUGGCGUCGCUCCGAAUGAUUCUCCUGAGCCUCCACGCAGGAAUUACCCUGGAGGAUCAUGGGACUGGGAGUACCUUGGCUUUGCCUCCCCAGAGAUGGGGAGCCGUCACUCUGUACUGGGAGCAGGAGAACGAGAGAGACAGUCACAGGAUUAUGCUGACAUCCAGUACCGUCGCAGACACAGGCCACGGCGCAGAGGAGACAUGCUGAGUCUGCACAACCUUAGAAGCAGCAGCAACACACCAGAGACCAGCAGGAGGAGUGAGAACACAGAAGCUCUGGAGAGAAGUGAGGGCCGCAGAAGAGUGCUGGGCUCUCUGGAUGAAGAUGACCCUAAUAUCCUGCUGGCUAUCCAGCUGUCCCUUCAGGAGUCCCGCAGAGAGCGAGGCCUGGAGGGAGGCUUGGAGAGAGGGAUGGAAGGGAGAGUGGAGCUGGACCGUGGACUGGAUCGAGGACAGGAGAGGAGGCCAGGUCCCACGGGAGACCUGGGUGAUGUCGCUUUGCACUCUCUCAACCCGGACGCUCCUCCGGGAGCCAGAGGCUCCUCCUUCCCCACUUCUCUCCUGGAUCCUCCUCGCCCCCCUAAUAGAACAGACUCCACCUGCCAGCCACCCACGUCUAACCCCCUCCCCCUUCCUCCUCCGCCUCCCUCCCUCAGUGCAGAGCUGCUGGAGCUGGGAGACAGCCUUAUGAAACUGGGGAACAUAACCACUCCUUAUGACCUGGACACACACACACAAGAGCAGCUCUGUUCACACCACACAUACAACCACAGUACACUCACUGCUCCCUACACCACUGAACCUGCUCUCAGCGACUGCAGCCAUAGACAAGACCAGAAUGCACUGACCACUCCAUAUGUGCUUGAGCAUAUCACCAUCACAGAGCCUCGCUAUGACAGCAAAGAGCAGAGUUACUGCCACUCCGGUGGCUAUUUAGCUGAGGCUGAACACACUGCCUCCUGCGCACUUGAACGCACCCAAAUCCCGUUGCAUCCCAGUUCAUAUAACCGGGAACACGCAGCCACGUACGACAGCACCCUAAAACCAGACAGCUCUUACAACCCCUGCCCAGAACACAGUAGCUCUUACACUCAGGAGCGUCCUGCCGCCUACGCUCUUGAACGCCCACCAAAAUCAGACCCCCAGCCCCCUGCCCAGUUGUGCCUCCCGCCUCCAGAGCUCGAGCCGGAGUUGCCGCUUUCACCGGUGAUCCCCCCGGGGGGCCCUUUCACCCCCAGCGACCCUCAGAGUCUGGAGCCCCUGGACCCCACAGCCAGUGCCCAGCUGCUGGACAACAUCAUGGCCUGGUUUAACAACAACAUCAACCCCCAGAACAACCCCCAGAGCCUGGCCCUCAUCCCCUCCCCGCCCACCACAGAAACCGACUCUUCCCCCGACACACACACUGAGACUGAGUCAGAGAGCCAGACCUCCAGAGACGUGACCCCCGCCCCGAUCUGGCAGCCCCUGGAGGGCGAGCCAGAAGCGGACAGAGGGUCGGCGAGCCCCCGUCUAGGUGCUGCGGGCGCAGAGGGCCCGAAGACAUCCAGGCCCAGCACUCUGGAUCUUGAAAACAGAGAGGCUCCCGAGGAGGGUGUGGACGCAGGGUGUGUGGCUGACCUGUCGCUGGACGAAGCGCACACACACCCGUGCUCACACCCCCAACGCGGAAACAGUCCUGCACACACUGCCCUGGCCACAGAGAGAGACUUAGACCUCAUCCUUCAGCUAGAGGGGGACCAAUCACCUGAGGAGUGGGAGGAACAAGUACACCUGGUGUGACAGACCGACGUGGAGAGAGAAGGUUGAGCCAAGGACAGAAAGACGGAAAGAGAUUAAAGUGAAAGCGGAAAAGACUGAGAAACUAGAGAGAAGCACUGAUAUAAGAUAGAAAAUAUAAGAUAUAAUGGUGAUUCCUCAAUGAAAGAUGUAGGUCUUUGGGAGUUGAGUGUUUACUGUGUGUAUUAUACUGUAUCUAGAGAGGACAUAAUGCCCUGCGGACUUUGUCCAGUAAAGAUGAUGUCAUACGCAAUUUGAUUUUUUUUUUUUUAUUUGGAUUUUUUUAAGUGCUUUUGUCUGUCCUAAAAACAGACAAACUCUUCUUUGAAACAAAUAAGUGUUAAAAACCGAAUACAUCAAUGGAAAGCUACUGAUAUCAUAACACAUAAAAUGCUGCACUUAUUUUUUUUGUUUUGUUUUGUUUUCUUAUUUUAUUUAUUUCUUGCUUCCUGUAUUUGUCUUCUCAGUUUGUCCAGGGUGAAGUUUUGGUGCUGAUCUCGCUGAAAUCCAGACUUGCCUCAUAAGUCCACACUUUAUUAACACACUGACCCAACCACAAGCCUGUUCAGAGCUCCUAGAGCCAAAUGUGAUAUGAUAACUGUAACCUUGGAGCUUGUUUAGCGUACUGUACAAUCAGAGGGCCUAAUUCUGAUUUUUGGACCUUCAUGCACACUGUGCCUGCUUCGUUAGAGAGCCAACACACUACUGAUCUUUCCUUUUGGUAGGCUGCAAAGAACAACGAUACACCUGUCUGCUCAGUAAAUGUCACACUAGUACAACAUGCUUAUCUGUCUUUUGUAUUAGUCCAGUGAUCACUGGAGGGAAAUGGUUGUGUCCCUAUGCACAGGGAGGUCAGAGGUCAGGCUCAGCUAUCGAGCAGUGCCCUUAAGAGUCAGUAGGAACUCAGUAUCAUGGGUGCUUGUUGUUUUCCUCCUCACUGUACCACCCUGCUACCCAUUUCAAAUAAUACUGUCUUUAUCAGGGAUGAGCUGUCAUCCAUAAUGCUGUAUUUUACAAUGGCUUUGACUCAGUUUUCACAGCAUUUCAAUGUGCUAAAGUCUUAACACAAAAUGUUACACUAAUCAUUUUACCCCCCAAAAUUACAUCUUUUUAAAAUCUGGUAUCAGAGCAUCACAGUAUUGUGUUUGUCACUGAAUUGUCAUCAUUAUAUUUUAAAAUAAAACGGUUCAUAUCAAAUAUCGUCAAACAAAAGGUUUUCCAUGGUAAUUCCGUUAAUAUUAUACAAAAAGGAAUAAAAAAAAUAAAACGUGCAAUAGUCAUUGACUUGAACAUUAUGUAUUUAUUUAAUAUAAUAUCAGUAAUAAUCUUUAUUUAUACAACUUUUAAAAAGCAAAAUCAACAAAUUAUGAAAUUAUAGUUUUAUACUGUAACAGAUAACACUAGAUCUAAUUAUGUACAAUAUGCUGCGUUACUGUAAAUAUAAAUAAAGAAGUCUAGAGUCUUUACACCCCAGUAAAUCUCUCAUUCUUAUAAGUCAAAAUAAUGAUUGUGAUUUCACUGCAUCACUUUACUUUCUCACCUAAACCACAAUUUACACAACUGUAACAGACACUCAGAUUGAGAUUUAAAAAGUAAAUAUCUAAAUAAGGAGGAGAGCAUGUGAUUUAGUGUUUCCCACCUUGUAUGUGAGGACAACAUUGCAGCGUUGUGAAAACUGAGCCAAAGAAAUCAGACGAUACUGUAAAUGCAAACACUCAAAAUGAUUUUGUUUUAUCAUAUCUGUUCCACUACUGAUGGCUAGUACAGUGUGCUGUUAAUAUGUGGGAGAUAAGUUGGGUUUUUAUCUUGAAUUUAUCCUUUUUUAUUCCUUAUUGUAGAGAUGACAUUUCUUCAAGUUGAGACCAGAGUUGUUGGGUCUGUGUGCCUUUUUUGUUUCAAUCGUAUUUGUUUAUUUGUUGGUAUUUAUUAGUGUCAUUACUUUUUAAACAUGCUAAACAAAGUUGCUAAUGAAAGAUAAUGGAGAACACUGUACACGGAAGCUCUUGAUGCACAUUAGAAUCAGUUCAGCUUACACCCCAGGUCUUUCUUACUUCACUUCAUCCCUAGAGAAUCGGUGCCCAAGUUUCAGCCAUUUUACUUCAUCAAAAACUGCUUUUGAAGCUACAUGAAAUAAUGUUGUUGGCCUUUGGUCCCCCACCCACGCACACUUUUUUUUUUAGGAUAUUCAAUCUUCAUCCUGGGUUUUCAUUCAUUCUUUAUCUUAAACCUUUAUUGUCCAACUGUAAUGUUUACAAGAGGUUUAAACGCUGCCUGAUGUGUUUAGAUACGAUUUGGUGCUUUGGAGACUGAAAUGGUAACAAUGGAGUGUUUUAAUCAUACUUUUCAUGGUGGGCCAAACAAAUGUAAAGAUAUUCUGUCAAAGAGCAAAUUCUGAUUUUGUUGAAAUGUCUCCUUCUACUUUACAAAAGUAGCCAGUUUGACAGAAUGUGAUAUGCAAUCAAAAAUGCAUUACUUAUAAUUGAUGGUUUGAGUUUGAAGAUUGUUUUAAAGUGUGAGGUCUGGAGUGCUCCACUGAAGUGAUCUUGCCUUUAAAGAAAAAACCCUAAAAGAACACAUUUUCCUCUCCAUGUUGAACAUUAAACUGUGACGGUGCUGGAAGGUUUGUAGGUGCUGAUGAAGACAUUUCAUAAAACUUAGUGAGGUGUGAGGAAAGCUGGUGAGGCCCAUAACGUGUCAGACAUUGUUUCCUGAGGAAUGGCUUGUUGAACAGAACAGUACACAUUUAUUUUAGGUUGCAACACAAUGGAAGCACUGAGUCUGGGGUCAUUUAAUUUGCACAAGCAUGCUGUUAAUGUGUUCAAUUAAUCCAGUGCUGUCAGGAAGGAUGUGGAGGACUGAUGAGUGCGGCUUUUGUUAUUAUUAUUAUUAUUCAUUAUUAUUUUAUUUUAUUUUUUGUUUUCUUGAUUUAGAAUUGGAUUUAUGGUGUCAAGGGAAUGGUCCUGUGCCAUUUUGUACUCCAUAUAUAAUGUUUAUAUAUUAACAAUCCCUCAGCCAACCACUUCAGAUUUAAAAAAAAAGAAAAAAAAGAAUGAAAUUGCACUCUCAUAGAUUAUACUUGAUACAUUCCCAGUGGGUCCAUAAGAGAGGUUUGAUGUGUGGCCAAAACUGUAAAUGAAAGUGUCAGUGCAAAGUUUACUCUCAAUAAAAAGAGCUGAAAGUGUGA